CUGAAUGUAGUUCAUAGUGCGUGCAGACGAUAUUAAAAUGGAUAUUAAAAGCACUGAGACUUUGAUUUUCUCAGCAUACAUGUUAGCAUGUAUUCUUCUGUUUUACUAUAUUAUUAUAGAAGUAUACUUAUAUUUUGCAGCAAUUAUUGUUCUGUAUGUACUUUAUAGAAUAUUAUCAAAGCAAUAUGUAACGAAACUUGAGAUAAAAGGACAAGGUGUGUUUAUAACUGGAUGUGAUACAGGAAUAGGACAUGCGACAGCAUUACGGCUGGUAAAAGCUGGAUUUACUGUGUUUGCUGGAUGUCUGAAACCCGAGGAUGAGGGAGCGACUGCUCUCAUGGAAAAGGGAGGAGAAAGACUACACGUGGUACCAUUAGAUGUAACAAGUGACGAAAGUGUUCAACAUGCUUUUGAGAUGGUGAAAACAGGCAUGCCGGAAACGGGUCUGUGGGCAGUGAUCAACAAUGCAGGUAUAGAGUUUGCAGCGGAAAUUGAAUUUGCAACCAUUGAGAUGAUGAAACGUGUUGCAGAGGUCAACUUCUAUGGCAUUGUCCGUGUUACAAAAACGUUCCUACCUUUACUCAGGAAGUCAAAAGGUAGAGUAGUAAAUGUUACAAGCGUUAAAGGAAGGCUUGGCUGUCCGGCUGAUUCGGCCUACACAUGCGCCAAAUGGGCUGGUGAAGCAUUCUCGGAUAUUCUCCGUAGAGAGAUGUACAGAUUCGGGGUCAAUGUUGUUAUUAUAGAACCCGGGCAGUUUGGCAAUCUAACACAAAUACUUCAGGGCGAAAGACUGAGACUUGCCGAAGAUGAACUUAACAAAUGCUGGGAGCUGGCUUCGGAAGAAAUACAAGAAGCAUAUGGAAGAGAAUGUAUUGAUGGACUCAUAAAGGAUUUCCGUGAUGACAGUAAAAGUGGCCCGAAAAGUUUGGAUGCAGUUACUGAAGCCAUGCUAGAUGCUGUGGAAAAUGUGAAUCCAAAAUGCCGAUAUCUCGUGCAUGGUACUAACAUGCCAUGUGACAAGUACUGUAUCACGGCUGUACUGAAUCAGUAUUUACCAGAGUAUUUGAUGGACUACAUUUAUGGUUGGAUAGUACCUUUACCACCUGUGAAGCAACAAGUCAAAUAGGUUCAACAGAUUGACAUUUAUAGUACAUUGUACAUUUUGUUCUGGCUACCAUAACUUAACUGACGCUGUUUUUUAUUUUCUGAUGGUCGCGUCCAUUAAGUUAUGGCGAAACCACAUUUGGUUAACUAACCAGUAUCAAACCGCAACAGCUCGCACAGACUCUCGCGAGAAACUGAUGACGUUAUGCAACGGUUCAGAGCACGUGGUUAUUUUUGAAAAUCAAGAUCAAAAUUUUACCUAUUUAUGAAUUUAAUUUAAUCAUAAACAUAACCGUUUUCGAUAAAAUUCAUAAAAAGACAUACAUUAGAAGGUUUAAGUUCUCAGAAAAUCUGGGAAGAAGAUAGAAUAUCAUUGCUCCAGGAAAAGGUCAAUAAAUAACGAUUCUAUACCGCCUACUGGUUUUCAAAAUGAAGAGUACCCUGAUCAGGUGGCAACUGCAAUGGCGGACAAAAUAUCAAAGACAGGGGUACCAAUUUGAAACUUGUGUGUAUAACUUGUGUUCAAUUUAUGUUGCAUGGAUUGUUUUAUGCCAGAUCAAAAGGAAAAUGGAUUAUAAAUAUUUUAAAGUAAAAGGCGAGUCAAAUGCAUUUCAUUUGAAGAAAUUAAAUUAUAGCGUGACAGACUUCUGGCACGAUUCUUGGUUAGGUUUUAGUACGGGAUUCGUUUCAGCUCAGAGAUCCAUAACAGCAUAUUGAUCUCUGAGCUGAUUUUUUUAGCUACAUGUACCUUAUUGGCUGCUAAACGGAUUAACGUUUAUGUAUGAAUGCUGUAACAGCUGCCUUACAGGCUGCUAAACGGAUUAACUUUUAUGUAUGAGUGCUGCAACAGCUGCCUUACUGUCUGCUAAACGGAUUGAAUUUAAUGUAUGUAUGAUGCAACAACUGCCUUAUUGGCUACUAAACGGGUUAACUUUUAUGUAUGAAUGCUGCAACAGCUGCCUUACUGGCUUACUGGCUGCUAAACGGAUUGAAUUUUAUGUAUGAAUGGUGCAACACUUCCUUACUUGCUGCUAAAUUUGAUUGAUUUUAUGUCUGAAUGAUGCAACAGUUUCCUUACUGGCUGCUAAAUUUGAUUGAUUUUAUGUAUGAAUGGUGCAACAGUUUCCUUACUGGCUGCUAAACGGAUUGACUUUAUUGUAGGGAUAAUACACGUUUUUUUGUGUAUUAACGUCUGCAGAAGCCCGCGGGAUUAUUUGUGACCGAGACCGAAGGUCGAGGUCACAAACAUAACCCAAGGGCUUCUGCAGACGUUAAUACAUAAAACAAACGUGUAUUGUCGCUAUUCUUGCAUAAAAAAACAUUACACGACGACUUAAUGCAUUAUUUUCAUAUGUGAUGACUUUACGAUUCCGGUACAUUUUUAGUUACCAUUUGGUUGUUCUUGGAAACGGUAAACAUAUUUAAAUAUCCAUAACCAGGGCACACAGAUCAACAACACUACCAAAAGCGUGAUUUGAAGGUUUUUCAGCAUCUUAUUUUUAUUUCUAGUUAUUACAAACGUUAUAUUACCCAUAAUUUUGCAUAAUUUUAAUAUAACUUAAAUAUUUGAUUAACAGGAACACAACUUUAAGAAUAAUAAAUUUACAUUCGAAUUAUUUUGAGUACGAACACAUUUAGAGAACGAAUGAGUUCGAGGGUAGUGACUAGCUUUCAAGGUUUAUUAUAUGAAUUCUGCGAAAAAUCAGGUAAAAACAUACCGACUGAUACUAACAAAAAUCAUAAAUAUAAUACCUAAAAACGAGCAGUAGCACAAGUUACACGCGAUACUUAUUUAUUCACAGUUAUUUACAAUAACUGAACAGACGCUUUGUAAAGGGAGUGAACUCUAAGAGAAGCUAGUACGUACAUUGGUGGGGGCAGUACGUUUGGGGUUGGAAACUGAUACAGUUAAACAUACUUUAGAUUACAUUGUAUUUAUAAUGCUACAAGAAGAGGUUGUUAUGGAAGAAACAAGACGCAGAUGCCAAAUAUCAGUGUGCGCAAAAAUACAUACAUAUGUCCCUGGCAAAGCAUUUCAAAAAUAAAAAUCGGGUAUUAACAGCACGUGAAUUGCCUUGUUUGCACACGACUUUUCUCCCGUUAAUACAUGUGCGGAUCCAGUGAAAAAAGUAGUUUUUAUGCAAGAAAUAUGAAUGAUGCAACAGCUGCCUUACUUGCUGCUAAAUGGAUUGACUUUAUGUAUGAAUGAUGCAACAGUUUCCUGACUGGCUGCUAAACGGAUUGAUUUUUAUGUAUGAAUGAUGCAACAGCUACCUUACUAUCUGCUAAACGGAUUGAUUUUUAUGUAUGUAUGACGCAACAGCUGCCUCACUGGCUUUUAUUUAAUAUCUAAAUUUACUUCUCGUUGUGAAGACUUAAAAAAUCAUAAUGUUUGUGAUCUAUCUAAGUCAGCAUCUUACGCAUAUCGAAUUUAUUUUCUUGUAAAUACGAGAUAACUUUUUUUGUAAUUACAAAAAAGAGAUAUUGAUUAACGAGAAAAAAACUCCUUUUAUUUCUUUCUGAAUGUGGGUCAUUUAAGUGAAAGGUCAAGGUCACAGAGGCAUUUUUCCGAUCAAUAACUUGAGAACCAUUUGAUAAAACCUUCAAGCUUCAUUGGCACACUGGUUUGGGUUAGAAGGUAAUCCUUUUGGGGACAGCAUGUCAAAAAUCAAGACCCUAAGUCUGUGAAACAAAUCAAGCCCAGGUAUCAUUCCCAGGAAGUAUGUGUGAUUUGGGCAUUUCUUAAUUGGACACAUUAUCAGCGACUUUUAAGAAUAUAGACAACCUAAAAUAGGCAAAGAAAUAUAUAUCUCAGAAGUACAACUCCGAAAAAGAUCUGAAUAAACGAUUUACAAAAUAGAUUUUCUUCAUCGAUUCAUUUCUAUAUAAAAUAUUAGGACUUGAUCUGCUAGAUCUAGUAGUUAG